AUAGACACUAUAUUGUAUAUGCAUAGAACUGUGCAUAGCAUAUAAAAAGGCGAAACCCAGCACACGUAUAUAGGAGAGCAACAACACAAAGAAGAAGAGAGAGUAACUAGAAGGAGAAGAAACCAAAACCAAAAUUCAAGAUUAGAAGUAAUUGAACCAUGUUGGACCAAGCUGUCCUUGUCAGUAGCCGGGUGGCAUUCAUGUUUGUCCUGUUUCUUGCCUCAGUGAACUGGGCCUCUGCCAAUCCUGUCUGCACCGAAUGCGGGAACAGCACUGCAGAUUCUGCCUCUAAAACGGUGGUGGAUUAUAACGUUCAAAUGAGGGAGUCUGGAGAACAAUACAACGAGACGAUCGAGGUGGACACAGAGAAGCAAACAGAACUGUUUAAAGUUCCUGCCCAUGGAAACGUGGAUCACUUCAAUAUUUUGCACGAUUUUAAGAAGGUAUGCCUGGUAACUUCAAAAAAAAGCCCAAAUAGGAGUAAGAAUAUACGGAAAUGUUGAUCAUGAAUUACUCCUUACUUGGCGGCUGGUAACUCAAACCCUCUUCCCUGCAAGUUGGCAACCUCUUCAGUAAAUCGUGAAUCCACCUCGGUUAUAUUGUUUGAUCAUCAAAUUUUCUUUCUUAAAGUAAUGGAAGAGAACCACAAACUUCGCCCUUUCCAGCAAGCGACUACAAACCAAUUUUACUAAACUGUACUUUUUGCCCGCGAAAAUGACUUUAAAUUACCAAAAAACCGUAGUAUUGGUUGUCAAUAUCUUAAAUUUCAUAUAUAGUUUAGCGCCACUUCAUUAGAUAGUCGCUUUGUUGAAAUGGUUCUUAGCGGCUUUUAAUUAAAGGCCUGCUUUAUUGUUUAAAAAUUGGUGACCAGAAACCCAUUAGUGUUCACCCCCUUAUCAAUUACAGCUGUAUUCUGAUAUAGUGGUCUGAAAUCGUCAUGAUGUUAAUUUUUCAUCCCUGUCAGCGGAGUUCGAAUUAUACGGGCUUGAUGUUAGGCCAAGAGAAACAAAAAAAUUGUUCAGAAAUAGCAAGAAGUUCCAAAUAACCGAGUUCCAAAUAAUCGACAGCAAAAAAAAAAACAAACAAACAAACGAAAAAAGAAAAGAAACGAAACCAAGAGAUAAUUCAGAGGUGAUGGCUCUGAAUUCGAAAUA